UAUAAAAAUAUUCCUUUAUUAGAUGAAACAAAUUUAGUUAGUGUGGCAGUAGGUGUUACAGUUGGACUUAUUACAAUUGUUGGAGUCAUUGUUGUAUAUAUAUGGUUUCUCAAAAGAAAAGUGACAGAUGACAAACAGAACAUAACUAAUCAGCGAGAUGACAACAAAUAUAACAUCGGCAAUGACAACACCACAGGUCUUGCUGACUCCAACUAUGAGAUGUUGACAACAGACAAAGAAUCAAGAAGCUAUGACGAAUUAAAUCAAGAUUUUAGGAAACAAUCUAGUCGAGAUCAACCAGACAUAAACAACAAAGACAUGAAAAAUGAAUACAUUAUUCCGUGUUCGGUAACCCAAAAUAUUAAAUUUAAACACAAAAAUGAAGACCAAACAGUCAAUCAAGUAGAAUCAAACAUUGGAACUAGAAUCAAAGAACUUACAAAGAGUUCAUUAUCCAAUUCUGCUGAUUAUUUUAUAGUUCUUGAACCAAAUGGAACGGACCUUUCUGUGCACCAUGUAAAUUACAAUAUAUAUGAAAUGGCAACCCCUAUUAAUGAAAGUGAUAUGAAUAAUUAAGAAAAUGAAUCCUUAAAGAAACUGUUGCAUUCGAGAAAGACCAAUUAGUUGUUUCUGGGAAAAUGUUUUGUCCUGAUAAUCCACAAGACAUCAUUUUUAAUAGAGCUGUAUAUUGUUCUUCUCAAAGCAACAUGAUGGAAAGUUGUUUUAUUGGCACUCAUACCACACCUGGUUAUUUCUAUGUUAUUGAUCAGAAUUCGACAAUGUAUUUAUAUCUUUCGACAUAUACAUAUGCUUAUAAUAUAGCAUAACAUUAUUUGUUACAGCUUGCAUUUCAAUGUCCCUUACGUUCCGCUAUACAGAUUGUGAUCUCUAAAUAAAAAAAAUCAUUAUUUGAUUACUUUAUGUAUGUUGAACUCUUUCAAUCAAUCGAACUUUAUUUAAAUGAUACUAAUGUUGUUUUAAAUAUACUUCAAAACUUCAGUUACAUCCAGAAUCUGAUUAUUUUGCAACCGAGACGGCAUGCGGUAUACUUCCAUAUUGUACAUUACUUGCUUGCACAUCUAUUUUGCUUUCCUUUAUCAAGGUAGAUCACAAGUAUCUACUUUUUGAGACAGAUUUUGUUUUAUAAUUUGCCAAAAUUAAGAUUUUACUAUACUCUUUUCAAAUUUUUUAUAAAAGGUAUGGGUCACCGUGACAUUUUUCAAGCAAUGAGUCGUUGAAAAUUGCCAAAAUUUGGUUAGUUUGUUCAUGAAAAAACUCAUUAGUGUGCAUAAAGUUUUUUUAUUAGAAUUUUGAAAAAAAUUGUGACAAGAAAGGUUUCAUAAUAUGUUCUACGAAAAUAAAAAGGAAACAUGGUGUCACCGAACUUGUUUUCUUGCUACAAGUAAAAAUAAAAAAAACAUCCCUAUUAGCCAGUAUAAAUUUUGUACUAAAGAGUUAUUUCCAUUUAAAUGGCUGAUUUGGAAAAAAAAAGAUUUUAAA